AAUAUUUGAUUAUUAUUAUUAUUAUAAUUAUUUUUUAUAUGCGAACAAAAGAGAAUCCACAAGACAAAUUUUCAAAAAAAAAAGAAAAACCUUCUUCCAAUUUAUUAUUCUUUCUUUUUCUAUCUUGUUGAUUUAAAAAGUAAAACAAUCAAUCAAUCAAUCACAAUGUUGGCAGCUUUCAUUCGUUGCGCAUUUCUCAUUGGAAUUCUUGGUUGGUACAGCAUCAACGUGUGGAAAAUGAUCGACGAUUAUUUUAGAGAUCAAUUUGCUAGUUACCUGCACGAGGAAUAUCGUAAAAAUCCCCAUAUGAAGUCUGAUGUGAAAAGUGUCAAGGGUAUCGAUAACAAAGAAAAUCACGUUAUCGACGGAAACGUUUUGAUUGAAAAAUUGGAGGAACUUAAACGACGUGAUAGUUGCACGGUCGGUAAUGUAGAUACCGAAGAAAAUGUAGAAUCUUGUGAAAGUGUUGAAAUUGCCGAAUUAAUUGACCGACCGGACGAGUCUGUUGAAAGGAAAGAAAUUUUGGAAAUAAUCCUAACGGAAAAAGAAGAUUCAAAUAAUAAUAAUAAUAAUAAUAAUAAUGAGGAAGAAGUGUCGAUGAUAAAAAAGCCCGAUAAAGAAAUGGCAGAAAUUUUGAUAAAACCGAAAAAGAAAAAACUUGUCCCGAAAAUGUUGGAUGAAGAAGAAAUUUAUGAAGAAAAAGAAAAAUCAAAGAAAGGGGGUGGUGGUGGUAGUAAAAGGAAAAAGAAAAAGAAACGCGUUAAAACUAUCACAUUGAAGGAAGAAGAUUUUAUUAGCGUUAAAAUGAGACAACGGGGGGGAACCAUUGGACAGGACGAAGAUUUUUGGGAAUUUGAAGAGGACAAAGAGGAGGGUCAAACAGAGUGGAGGGAGGAGAUGAAGGGUAUACGAGUGGCCGAUCUUCCAUUCAAACCAAAACUGGAUAUUGGUCGUUUGGAAAGAAUUACGCCUGAUGAAUACUGCCCUUUAACCUUGGAAGACGAACUUUCUUGCGAGGAGACCACUGAGUGGUCCUUAAAAUAAUAAUCAUGAGAGUUGUACGAUGAUUCUACUCCAGAUGGAAUUUUCAACGUAAAUUCGUUCGUUUUUCAAUUUAAUAUUUCUUUAGGGUUGUUACAUUUAUUCUUUUCACAUGUCCUGCA